AUGUUUGUGUCUGGCGCAGUCGCGAUGGACAUGGUUGCCGAUCCCUCGAGCUCAUCAUGGUGGCGGGUGUCACCAAUGCUGUCGUCGACUGCGCUCGACGACGACGAUGAGUUUUUCACCGAUCUGACCAUGUCCUAUUGCAGACGUAGCUCGGUGCCGUCCCCAGCCAUCACCGCUGUAACCCCACCCCACUUCGCCAUUUUCCCCUUGUCCAACAACACUUCCACCACAUCUAGCGAAGAUGUUCAGUCAGUAAACGCCUCCCCCGUGUUCAGACCACCGUCACCGGCCCCUCGAUUCAAUGGCUUCUCAACGGCUCAAAACCCUCUAUCUAACAAUGCCCCGAUAAACACCACCACGUCUAACCCAACCCGGGUCUCUGUCCAAUAUGGCCUCCCCCGCAAUCUGCCUCCAGCACCUCGACCAGUAGCAACUCGCUCUGUGAAAUCUACACCCACAUCAACACCUUCACCAGACUUUGAAGCGAUCCGCAACAAUUACUUGACCAUGCUUGCAAACAAGUCAACCCCCGAUACCCCGGCCUCCACGGUCGCACCCUCGGCGCUGAUCAGCGCUGAGGAUGCCCAGGCGAAGGCCUUCAAGGCCAUCGCUGAGCUCACAGGUAUUCCUCCCUCGCUUUCCCGACGGAGAUCACCUUUUAUUGACAUGUGGUCACCAGCGUCGCCUGAAUUCCAGAGCCUCGGCGACCACUUCCCUGACGACUUUGGCGGUGGUGACGAACCGCUGAUCCCGUUCACUGCUACGUUUGAUGAGUCGCCACUCUUUGGCGACGCCUCCCCUUUCCUCACCUCUCCCCACGACUCGAUACUCGAUGACUUUGGCACCAGCCCGAUGGACACCCCCUUCAGCGAGUUCCUGUCCACCCCAUUGAUGGGCAUGGAGGACAGCUUCAUGGAGAGCCCGCUUAUCCGAUCCAACGACACACUGUUUGGGUUUGAGGAGGCGCCAGUUGUCGAGCCUCCCACCAACAAGCUGUCGACAUUCAGCCCCAGCACUCCCAUGCUCGACUCGAUGGACUCUCCCCGUCCUACAGUCCGCCGUCGAAAUGUCACGGGUACCCGCAAAAACCUGACACCCGACUCGCUCAUCUCGAUGGACGCGCCAACUCAAAAGCGCAGCUACACUGCUCCGAGUGUAACUUCUCGCAAGGCCCUCCCAGCCGGUUUCGUUCGCAAACGCGGGUUCAAUGCAGCGUUUGGCGUUGACGAGACAGACGAUGUGCUUCCCGAGCUGUCGCCCACGGCCACUGAGCAGGAGCAAAUCGAGUGGAAGCGGCGCCAGAACACACUCGCUGCCCGCAAAAGCCGGAAGCGCAAGCUGGAGCACCAGCAGGGCCUCGAGCAGCAGAUCGACGACCUGAAGAGUCAGGUGACCAUGUGGCGCGAGCGCGCGCUGAUGGCGCAGGAGAUGCUUCGCGCCGCUGGGAUCAAGUUCAAUGUGGAGGCCAUGGGGACGUAA